AUGGCGAAGGAACGGAUCCACAAAAAGCCUGUCGGGGUCACUUUGGACAUGAUUAAGGACAAAAUGAAGGAGAAGCGUAACAAGAAGCUGGCCCGUGCCGCCGGGUUCAUGAGAGGAUCACAUUCGAGACUCGGCCAGAAGGCUAAUGUCGGCGUGGUGGCGAGCGACGUCCAGGUGACGUUGCGGCAGAACAAUGUGGCACUGGCGAUCGCGCUCCAGGCAGCAAAGGAGAAGCUGCGAGAAGCCAAUGCGGUCAUCUUGCAGCUGCAGGGCGAGUACCAAAACCUUUUUGUACAGCUGUUAAUGUUCAAGAAGAAAGUCCGUCAGCAACAGGCCCUCUCUACUUCUUCUCCACUGGUCAAAGAAUCCAAGCUGCCCCUGGAAGCAGAUUUUGAGUCACCGAGGAAUGAAAGGAUCAUCGAAUGCAAGACCGCCGUGUGUGAGAUAUCCCCCAUUCGUGCAGCAUCUCCAAAACUGGUUGCCCAACCCGAUUCUUCCCAAAUUGCAUUGCCUCCAACGGUGAACGUAAAGCCAAGACACGACGACAAAGCACGGAAGACGAGGAGACGGUCCGACCGCGUGCAAGAAUCUCGCCCCGUCGACAAGGCGACCUCAGACCUCCCGAGACCUCCGAAACGGAGCCUAGAAUCCACGGAGACGAUUGAGGCACAUGUGGAAGAUCGCGUGCGAGAAGAGCAGGCGCCCGUACGGAAGGUCCGCGAGCGAGGACGCAGACCCGAGCGAGCGCCUCUGAAGAAGCCCUGGGAGAACCCCAAGUCCAGGGCGCGCUCCAGGAGCCGGGAUCGGCGCGCGCCGGCCACCCAGCAACAAAUCAACACCACAUUGGGCUUCAACGACACUUUUGACUUUGACUGCGAAGAGGCCGUCCACCUCACGCCCUUCAAGGCUAAGACUGACCAACCAGACGAGCCCGCUCGGGAAUCCCUAACUCCAACAUCCCCUGCUCCGGAACCCCUACAUCCAGACACCAGCUCGCCAAAAACACCCUCGUCAGAGUCGGAAGACAGCCUGUAUAUGCCGUGGAAGAAGACCAGAAGAGGGCGUACGCCUCCCGAGAUGACGACAACCAUCACAACUCGCAGAGGGCGGUUCACCAACAAAAAUAGAAGCCCACGCAAAUCUGUGUUGGUGGACCAAGAGUCGAGACAGGAGGAUAAGGAACCUGAUCAGGAAGUUGAUGGUGACCAGUCUACUUUCACAAACAGUCCACAUCAGUUCACAACACAUCAGCAAGAACCUCUGAGGCAGGAGUUGAUGGAUGAAGCCAUCCCCUCGGUGGGUGCACUGCCAGAGGUUGAGCUGAUGACCAUCGAUGACGUCCUGUCAAAUUUUGCGGACACCCUAUGCCAAGCUUCUUCUCCUCCAAUAGCCAGCCUCGCGCAUCAGCGGGUGACCACGCGUAAAAAUCGUGCGCUUUGCGGCUCUGGAACAACCCGCCAGAUUUCCGGCCACGCCCCCUGUAGUCUGAGCGAUGUCAGCAAUCUAUCCCCCGCUGCUUACCGCCGCUUAUCCCGCCCCUGCUCCGAGACACAGUGCUCUUCCACCGAAGCGGCGCCACCCCGCGGACGCCGCCGCACCCAGGCGGUGAACUAUAAGGAGCCCUCGUUGAGCGCAAAACUCCGACGCGGAGACAAACACACGGACUUGAGGUUCCUUCGACCGGGCUCGCCCAUUUUUAAAUCAUCGGGCAGAAGAACGGGGUCAUCCGUCGGCCGCCAAAACAAGCUGGACAAAUACAACGAGUCUUUUGUUGGAUGUCGCUGA